AUGGAGACUCUUCGCCAGCCUAUUAUAAAAAUGGAAAAGGAAUAUGUGCUGGUCUCAGACUCUGUACCCGAUUCUGCGUACUUGACCACCUCUUGGGACUGGAAAAAUAAUUCAGAGAACUACAGCCUGAGCGAAACGCCUUCGCCCCAGAGCUUGUCUCCAUCUGCCUCCUACGAGUCUCCACUCUCUGGAUGCUCCCGUCCGUCUAGCCUGGAGGACCUACCUUACGGAGAUGACAUGGUGGCCUACAGGUUGCUGCAGUACCCUGACGAUGAAUGUCCGCUUGACAUGAAGAAUGGUAAAAUUGGGGGGCAUGGCAGACGUGGCCAGCACGGUCUAAAAGCUUCAAUGAGUGUCCAACGCAGGAGAAAGGCCAGCGAGAGGGAGAAGAUGAGGAUGAGGGGCAUAGCUGAAGCUCUUCAUACCCUGCGCAGGAAUUUGCCGCCCGUCUACAGCCAGGGUAGACAACCACUUACAAAGAUACAGACACUGAAAUGUACCAUCUCUUACAUCGAGGAGCUGACCAAUCUCCUGAACAGCACCAAGGGAAAAUAG